AUUUCUCCUUUUGCUAAAGCCAACUGAAGCUAUUCCGUGGCCUGCUAACAGGCAGCUGCUGCAGCGAACGCUAACGUUCAACGCUGUUAACGUUAGCUCGGCCACGGCAUACCGAAAGCUCCAUUAAGCCAACUAUCUAAGCUCUGGGAUGCCUGAGCGUCCUUUCAGAGAAUUCUGCAGCAGGUCUGAAGAUGUACUCAAACAGAUCUGAGCACAGUUCCAGGCGGCAGUACAGCGAGAGAAGUUCACGGCAACGGGAUGAAUAUGACAACAGAUGGGAGAAAAGGCGUGACCCUCCCAGAGACAUGCCACGGGAGUCGUAUCAUAAAUAUGGUGGGGAUGGACGCAGCAGCACAGAGAGGAAAAGAAGUAGGGAGUACAGUGAGUCUCCGAAGAGGCUGUACAGCAAAGAUACACUGAACAGGGACCGGAGCAGGAAGAGCCCGGUGAGGAGACGCAUGUCUUCACCAGUGCGGGACCCCUCUAACAACAAAAAGCAGAGGUUUGCAGAUGACGAUGAGCGGGAUUACAGGUACAGGCGUGAGGCUCAGGAGAAAACGUACAGGCCUUCACCGGACAGUUUUUCACGGUCGCAUCUAACCAGGAAUGUUGAAGAUGCGUCACCACAAAAUGAGGAUUUCAAGUACAGGAAAACACCUCAGGACUCCAGGCACAGGCCUCUGCAUGAGGAGUUCCCAUACAGGCAGCUAAAUGAUGAGUUAACAUACAGACGACUGUUGGGGUCUUACAAAGAUGGAGAUGAAUAUGAGAGGGGCCGGGAUCCAUCACAAGAGAGGGCACGAUCACAGGAGAGGAGUUAUGUCAAUCCCAGAGAGAGGACGGACAGUCCUCUCACUUCUGUAUAUGAUGAGGAUUAUCGCCAAGCUGGAACAAGAUAUCCAUUGAAUGGUUCGAGCCGACAGUCUUUUGAGAGUGAUGCACCCAGUCGAAGUGCAGCUGUUUCUGAGCAGAAGUCAACCAAAGGCUUCCAGCGUUUCCUCGACGUGCUAAACAAGGGCGUGAAUGUCGACGUUCUCACUAAGAUUGUGACUCAGACCUCAGAUGACGACGAUCAACCCGUUUCUCAAACCUUAUUACCGAGCCCUGCUGAUCAUCUGUGGUCUCCAACUCACAAUGCUGGGAGGAAUCAAGGAAGCCACCAGGAUAACAGCUACUGGAGUGAAAGCGAAAGGUCCCGCAGACCAGUUUCCCCGCAGACUCAUCGAAGGUCCAUCAGCCCAAAACGGUGCCCACUCUCUGAUGAAAAGCCCCUUCAGGGGAAUGAUGGCAGGGAAGCCUACUUCCGCAGCAGAUCCAGGUCCCCCUUGGUGGUGGAAAGGGUGCCGCUGCCACCUGAGGAUGAACACAAGCGUAGGCAAAUGCAGGAUGUGCUCCAGGCCAUUGGCAUGGAUUUAGGAUUUGAAGAGCUUGGCCAAAUGUCUCAUAGAAUCCAGGAGCGGCUGUAUGGGAAGAAGGAUUGUGAUUUGGCUCGGAAAGUUGUGAGGGAGAAGGGCACGAGGCGACCGAUUUCCCCGAGACGUCAAAGUAGAGCAUCAUCAUCAUCAAGCAGAUCUAGUUUUAGCCCCUUAAAUCAGAAUUAUUACAGUAAAAAAGACUCGUACAGUGCAGAGAGGGAUGUAACAGAUGUGCAUCAAGUAUACAAAUCUGCUGAGUAUGACCAGAAGAUGAGCAGCAGCACAGUACAGGACAGUAAGAACUGCGAAGGGAAAUCUCAGGAGAGCGCUGCUGCAUUACAACCAUUUUCUCCUAAUUCCUCAUACCCUUCAUCCAAACCUCCAUCUGCUCCGGUGGUGCCGACGUACCCUCCGGUCAACUGCUCACCGAUGCCAUACCCACCUGCUGUGCCUCCACCAAUGCCCCAUGUUGGGCCGGGGGUUAUUAUGCCACCCUUCGUCCCGUACCCCGGCAUCCCGCCUAUGAACAUGUAUCCAACCAUGCUCCCGCAAGCGAGCCACAUGUUCCCGCAUCACGUUAAUCAUCCACAGCCGCCGUAUUUCAGCCAAUCAAAUGUAAGUGCAGUUCAGCCAGUGAACACAACGCAAAAAUCCAAACCACUGACAAGGCCCCGCUGUUUGCAGGUUAUUCAAACCAAAAAAAAGCCUAGAUAAACGAGGCUGCGCAGGGUGGAAGUGAGACUUUGAAACUGACUGAUGGAAACAGCUGGGCCUUCAGGGAGUCUCUUUUUAACCGCAAAACACGCAUUUGAAGCAUCAGAGAACAUCACAGUGAACAUUUGCAAGCAAUCAGUCCAGCAGCAACUAAGAGAACAACACAAUGACAUUAUCAGCUACUGUAUCGUGAGUUUGAUGACAAACUGUAGGUGGUGCUGCAGCUCUUCUUGAUUCUCGGUCUACUCUCAUACCCAUCACACAUUCACUAGUCUGCCACAACAUUAAAACUGCCGACAGUGGAAGUAGAAACAGCUCGGGUCCUUGAAUUCACACGGAUGCUAUUUUGACAUUGUUACAGCUUUGAUGCAGACCAGGCAUUGGGCUGAUGGCAGCAGCCUCCUCUUGUAUGGCAGUGCAGCCCGUUAUACUACAACAAGUUAUUAAGCCAGCCUACGAAGCUGGACCACCGUAAUUCUCAGAGGUUCACAGGACCCAAAGGAUCCACUGCAGCGUCCGCUCGGAGGUCCUGCAUGCAUGCCUGGACUCCUCAGGCAGUAUGAAGCAGGUGGUUUUAAUGUUGUUUGGUUGGUGUAGCUUAUAAUAGCCCGGUCACUCUAGGAAAAAAAUAAAUAAAACAAAUACUGAAAGUACAAAAAUGUGUUAUUUUGUUAAAGUUUUACUAAAAUUUGAUGCAUUUUAUUUUUGUGGACAUCAUAUUUGUCUUUAUAUAGGAGCCUUUAUGUUCAUUAAUUAGCUCAAAGGCCAACCUACAACUACAAGACAUGCUCUACACUUCUGUCUCUUUACAUAUUUUUCUUAUUCUGUAAACAUGCAGAAAUUUGCUGUAUAAAUAUUGAACUGGAUAAUAUUAAACAAAAAAGCAAAUACUUUGACUGUGUGCUGAGUUAUUGAACGUGUACAGAUUUACUGUGGCGCUGUUCUCGCCACAACUAGAAAGGCUCUGUAAUAGAAAAUAUGAAUUUCCAAUUUUGUUUUUAAACAAUGAUUUAAUCAAUGAAUUUGACUGACGUUUUAAACCCAGAGCACAUUUCCUUUACAGGAGAAAAAAGCCUUCGGCCAACGAGAGAGGCAAAACUGGUUUCAGCUGUUAACCUUCAGUUUCAGUCCAACCACAAGCAGCAGAUAGGAAUACAAAUGUUUUUUUAAAAGCUUUAUAAAAUCAUGUUAAAAUGUCAAAGGUAGGGAAAUUUAUUUGAAAUAAUAAUUUAGAAUUAUUUUGGUUAAAAGGUUUAAAUUAUAGAGACUCUAUAAGAUGCUCUAUAGAUGCUUUAUAAGCAAUACUACUCAAAAAUGAAAUUACCGUUAUAGCAGCCAAAACAUGAAAAAGUACUUUGGUCAAUAAAAGAAAUGAAUAUAACAAAUUAGCUCACAAAGUAACAAAUUAGAAUAAAUAAUGACAUUUUCAAUAUAAAAUUAGAGCAGUAAUAUUGAAUAAAGUAUGUGGAUAUAUUUCUAAAAAUGUGAUUUUUAAAAUGGAGCCAAGACUCAACAUGUAACUUUAAAUAAUAGUGAGGUGAAGUUAAUCAUAAUAAUAAUAAUGAUGAUAGCCUUAUUUAUGGAAAAAACAGUGUAUACAAAAUGCUUUGAAGCAAAAUACUAACUUCAAACAGAAAAGAUCAAAUCAGAGCUUUUAGGCUCCAGACCCUCACGACCCUGAAGGAGGACAGUAGAGGAUAAAUGACUGAAUGAAUGAAUGAAUGUGUGUAUAUAAUGAAGGGAAAUAUACUGAGUGAAGAAAAAGGCAUGUUGCAACUGCAAUUUUUUCUCUAAGGUUUAAUCUCAGGAAUAAUGGUUCAAUACAUCGUCAUAGUUAAAGAAUUAAAAAAAAAACUGAUGUAGAAAGCAUUUACAAACAGCUAAAAGGUGCGGAGUAGUUGUUAGUUUAAAACCAUCUGAGGCUGGAGUCUGAAGGGCAAUCUUU